AUGCUCAAGCAUGAUCAGAUGUCCGUCAUGAUCAACGAACAUGCUGGAAAGGCAAAGGACGCAUUCGUCGUGAUCAGGGACUUCGUCAUCGCCUACGGUCCUACGCUGGUAAUCCCCAAGGAAAUCGUCGAACAGGUUGCAGCAUACGUAGUUGCAGCAGCGAUAGAUGUAAUCGUAGACAGAAUUGCUGUUGAGGCACAAACUCUGCUCGCGACGGACUUGUCGGUCGCUGAACUGGCCCAAUCUCACACGAAGCCCACGACACGGCUACGACUACGUCCACGUCUACGUCCAAAACCGGGUGCCCCGGCCCAACAAAGACACCUCAAACUGCCGGACGAUAACCAACAGCAAAUGGCUAUCGGUCCUAUCUGCAAAGGCAAGAGUACGAGGCCUGUCCAGGUAAUCCUCCAAACGAGAAGAGUCCUCUUCGUCAUAGACGAAGUUAUGGUUGAGAAAAUGAUGGGUUUUCCGGAGCUAUUCAAGAGCUCUGACGAUGGCGACGAAGAAGUGCAACGCAGCGAGGAGUCCAGCAGAGUGCGCCUCGACUACUGGAGGCCGCUAUAUCCGAAGUACUGCAAUGAAGUGAACAAGGAGCCGGAGAAGGAAUUGAAGAAGCCGUAUUCGAACGAGGAGAUUAAGCCCCAGAAGCGAUCUUACCAGAUUAAUAAACCCUCGCCGCCCCCUGAUCCGCAAGAGUACAAUGGAUUGGAGUUUGGGUUUGAGUGGUCGGGUGGUGACUGGGAGGGGUCAUGUAGGACUUCUUCGAAACAGCCGUCUUCCAGGAAGAUAAAAAACCCUCCAUGGAAUCAAGUACGGCUGCACGUAUCGUGA